CAGACAUGGCAAGCGUAAUCAGUGACCCGAAAUGGAGAACUAUACAAGAAAAAGUAAAAGAAGGAAACUUGACAGAAUUGUUGGAUGUUUACACUGUAAACAACUUGGACUACAAUGCUAAAGGUGGAAAUUACAAGAGUACAGUACUUCAUGAAACAGCAGAAAAAGAUAAACAAGAGAUUGCAGGUUAUCUUAUACAACAAGGAGCGGAGGUGAACACUAAGGACAAGUAUGGGAGCACACCGUUACAUUAUGCUGCAAGUAAGAACAGUGUAGAGGUAGUUAAAUUGCUGUUACAACAGGGAGCGGAGGUGAACACUAAGAACAGUAAUGGGAGCACACCGUUACAUUAUGCUGCACUUAGUAACAGUGUAGAGGUAGCUAAAGUGCUGUUACAACAUGGAGCGGAGGUGAACAAUGAGAACAUUGAUGGGAGCACACCGUUACAUGUAGCUGCAAGUAAGAACAGUGUAGAGUUAGUUAAAUUGCUGUUACAACAUGGAGCUGAUGUGAACACUAAGAACAGUAAUGGGAGCACACCGUUACAUUUAGCUGCACAUAAUAACAGUGUAGGUGUAGCUAAAGUGCUGUUACAACAUGGAGCGGAGGUGAACAAUGAGAACAUUGAUGGGAGCACACCGUUACAUGUAGCUGCAAGUAAGAACAGUGUAGAGUUAGUUAAAUUGCUGUUACAACAUGGAGCUGAUGUGAACAAUGAGAACAGUAAUGGGAGCACACCGUUACAUUUAGCUGUAAGUAGUAACAGUGUAGAGGCAGCUAAAUUGUUGUUAGAACACGGUGUGGAGGUGAACAUUAAGAACAGUAAUGGGAGCACACCGUUACAUGUAGCUGCACAUAAUAAAAGUGUAUAUGUAGCUAAAUUGCUGUUACAACAUGGAGCGGAGGUGAACACUAAGAACAUUGAUGGGAGCACACCGUUACAUGUAGCUGCACAUAAUAACAGUGUAGGUGUAGCUAAAUUGCUGUUACAACACGGAGCGGAGGUGAACAAUGAGAACAUUGAUGGGAGCACACCGUUACAUGUAGCUGUACGUGAUAACAGUGUAGAGGUAGCUAAAUUGUUGUUACAACAUGGAGCGGAGGUGAACACUAAGAACAUUGAUGGGUUAACACCGUUACAUGUAGCUGUACGUGAUAACAGUGUAGAGGUAGCUAAAGUGCUGUUACAACACGGAGCUGAUGUGAACACUAAGACCAGUAAUGGGAGCACACCGUUACAUGUAGCUGUACGUGAUAACAGUGUAGAGGUAGCUAAAGUGCUGUUAGAACACGGUGCUGAUGUGAACAUUAAGAACAGUUAUGGGAGCACACCGUUACAUUAUGCUGCACGUACUAGCAGUGUAGAGGUAGCUAAAGUGCUGUUAGAACACGGAGCUGAUGUGAACAUUAAGAGCAGUAAUGGGAGCACACCGUUACAUUAUGCUGCACGUACUAGCAGUGUAGAGGUAGCUAAAGUGCUGUUAGAACACAGAGCAGAUAUCAGUACUACAGAUAAAGAUAAUGAGUCAUGUCUUCAUAACAUGCAGAAGAAAUGGUCCAAAAAUGACUUACAAGAUACAUUCCGUGCUUUUGCAAAUAGCUUAAAAUAUUCUAAUCCUGCUAUUAUCGUUCAGGAAUUAGAUAUAAGGGAAGAGUUUGAUAAUGAUGUCAAGAGCAUCUUAAGUAAUAUUCUGAAAGAAGCGAUCGACAAAUUGCCAGAUAUUAUGGAUGAUCCUGAGCAGAGAUUUACGUUUUAUAGGGGAGAUCUGUAUGUACGCCUCGUUGAAGAAUUUUUGAAACGGUCAGGCGGGUCAGGAGAGACGUCUCUUCUACAAACCAUAUACAUUGCUCUUCAAGCAAAAACUCCAUGUAAUCUUCCCAAAAGAGGAAUGCUUGAGAGUAGACUCAGCCCCGAUAUCUAUAUGAAAUUUCGGAGUAAAAUUGAAGAUUUGACAAAUGACGUAGUUGAGGGGAGAGAACCACCAAAAGAACUUAAUGUAAUUGCACAAAAGAUUUACGCGGAAUACAUGAAGGAUAAAAAAGGAUUCAGUUGUAAAGUUAAGGAAUAUUGCAGCAAAGCAUGGAGAAACACGCAAGAUUACCUUAAACCCUCAUUUCAACAAAUGAAGUCGUGUUGUAUGAGAAUAACUUGUGGUCUGAAGUGUUGUUGCCGAAACGUUACCUGUUCAUUAUGCCACAGCUGUUCUGCAAUAGGAAUGAUGGGGAGAUUCUUUUGUCUCCUAGGAAUUUUCUUCUACAUUUUAGACUUGUACACUGAUGUAGUAGUUGGCAUUUCAGAUUUCAACGGAUUUUCCAAAAAAGCUAGGGUUCUUUGAGAUUGCUCUGGUAUUGUUCACUUUAAUUCACGAGAACUUCAGAUCUGCUGAAAGUGUAUACACAACGGAGGAAGAUGUUCUGAGGAUAAAGUUUGGGAGAUUCUUGUUAACUGCCAAAGAAUGGAGCGAAUCAAACUUAAACUGGAGCAAGAAUAAGUUUAAUAUGUUCUUUUACAAGCUAUCUUGUCCGUUCAAGCUACAGGGAAGUUUUCUGAGUAAGCUUAGAGCGAUAUUCUACAACUUACUGACAUGUUUCCAAUUAAGGCCAGUCGUGGAUAGGUUGGUAGUAUUCCUACACGAACCAAUAAGCUUGCGUGAGUAUUACAGACGUCAAGCAGAACAGAAUAGCUUGAAACAGUUUUACCUGAUUUUGGAACAAUUACCGGAACUUUCUGGUUCAGUUCUAUACAUUUCAAAUAGUGAUCAACAACCUUUCCCAAAAAGAUAUUGAACAGUUUGCCGGUGAAUGUUACCACUAUUUCGAUUAUCAACGUAUGAAUACAAACAGCACCAACGACACCAACUCAUUUUGUGAAAUGCUCCCACUAUCUGAUACAGGAUUAGGAAUAUGUGGCACUGUGUUUCGUAUAUUCUCAAUGGCAAUUCCAUUUUACAACAUUCCCUCGGGAAUUGCCUCUUUGGAAGAUGGCUUUAGGAAAUUGGACUCGCUGACUCCUAAAAUGUCCACUAUUUUAAAGAUCAUUUUCCAAGCAUCCUAUACAUUGAUGAUACCAGCCAGGUUGUUCAUGUUUGCAGCAGUAAUGCAUGCUUUGUUUAUAAAGGAGUAUGUGUUUGGGUUCAUCAUCCUCAGAGUGAUAGUGGAACUCUUGGUAAACCUUUAUAGCCUCAAAGCGAAGUUAGCGGAACUUUCCCUUUUGAAGCUAUGGCGAAAAAUUCUUUCAAUCUUAUGGCGAAUGAUCCUGUUUAGUAUCAGAGAUGUGUUUCUAAUAUCGAUAAGAAACCCUGAUGCUUACCUCUCAAAACCCUCAGACGUUUCUUACAAGUCAUUGAGAAAGAGGAAAAAUCUAGCUGUCCGUGCAAUCCCAUUUAUCUGCGAGGGUUUGGUCGCUGCUUUGAUCAUCGAACAAAGAUAUCCGUGCGGUAAGCAUUUCAACUAUUUCAAAUAUUUGGGCUGGUUUUGUAUAAUUCCUUUAGUGCUCUCGGUAUCAGCAAUAGUCAUGGUUUCAGACCUUUUCCAUCCAUUAAAAGGAAGAUCUUCGUCACUAAGAAAAGAAACAAAAAAGCUCCUUCUCGCUGUUGUCAUCAGUAUUAUGGGGACCUUCAUUGUUAGUAAGAAAAGAGGGUCAGUGGAACUUCUGGUCAUGGGUCUGGCAAUUUUUCUUCAUAUCGUCCUUGUUGCUGGACUCUGUCUGUUUGUCAAGAUGUCCAACAAAAGUAAAGAAAGUAAAGAAAGUAAAGAAACUCCGUACACACCUUUAGCUACGUCAACCACAUCAGUCGACCACCCUCACUCGACCACACCAGUCUGAUGAAUUACCGUUUUGUCCAUUUAAUUCAUCCUCGGCUUACCAGAGCCAUAAAAACUGUGUAUCUUAAACUAUUUGCUGAGCAAAUAUCAAUUUAUAGACUGUAUCAGUCUUCUCAAAGCAAUAACAAUGAAGCAGAAAUCAUUUCAUCAGCAAAAUUUCCCUCUGUCUUUCCAAAAUCAUCUAAAGGCUUUAUUGAGAUGGAUUUACGACACAGAUAACUGCUGGUGGACUUCUUAAAUUCAACCUCGAAACAGCACAUAACUAAACUGCAAACCGGGGUGUCUCCAGUCUUUCCAACUGAUGUCCGCUCGCUCAUACUAGUGCUACCUUUGUCCUUUAACCUUUUAACUCUACACUAAUAUUCAGAUCAAAUCUGGGGUGUAUACUGAUAUUCGGAUAGAUCUACGACCUACGUGGUAUAGCAAAGUGUUUCCUAAAUCCAACAUUUUACUGCUCUAUUAUAAAGAACUAAACUGCAAACCGGGGUGUCUCCAAUCUUUCCAAAUGAUGUCCGCUCGCUCAUACUAGUGCUACCUUUGUCCUUUAACCUUUUAACUCUACACUAAUAUUCAGAUCAAAUCUGGGGUGUAUACUGAUAUUCGGAUAGAUCUACGACCUACGUGGUAUAGCAAAGUGUUUCCUAAAUCCAACAUUUUACUGCUCUAUUAUAAAGAACUAAACUGCAAACUGGGGUGUCUCCAAUCUUUCCAAAUGAUGUCCGCUCGCUCAUACUAGUGCUAACUUUGUCCUUUAACCUUCUAACUCUACACCAAUAUACUGUUCAGAUGGAUGAGGAUCUACGACCUACGUGGUAUAGCAAAGUGUCUCCUAAAUCCAACAUUUUACUGCUCUAUUAUAAAGAUCGAUUUUCCUUUAUCUAAACAAUGGGGGCGCCAAAUGCAAAGCCACGAACGUUAAAUGAUCAAGUCACAAGUGAGAUCAUAAAUUUAUCAAAUCAACCGCAGAUCAGAAAUAAAAACUAUAGAGCUUCUAAUUUGUUGGCGAGGAUAAAUGGACUGUGGGAAAUUUUAUUUAUGAAUACUGCUAUAUUGCACUGACUUGAAAGAAAUAAUUUGUAAUUUUAUGUUGGUGCAAAAUUUUGGAUUUAAACAUUUGAUAACUUUCUCAAAGCCCAAAGGUUUAGUUAAUUACUUUAGAAACUAAAACGUUUUGGGCGAAUGA